CAGAGCUGUUUAACCUUUUCAAAAUUGAAUUUCGUUUUAUUACAUUAAAUUUGCUUAGAAUUAUACAAUGGAGCAAAGCUAAACUAGGUUUUUUUUUUACAGAGGAAUAUGCAAAACAGCUUUUCAUUACAAAUGAAUUCAUCCAGCAAGCUGCUGACGAUACUGAUAAAAUAAUAGGAAAUGCAUUGGAAGUUGUGAUUAUCGACACUGUGUUUCAAUAUGGUCAUGAAAUGGAGAUUCUGAAUAAUAUGUUCGCUACACCCGAACUUGCGGAUCUUGAAAUUAACUCAGAAAAGUUCAUAAAUAUCCAGAAAGCUAUACAAUCCGCAAUAGAUGAAAUAAUACCUGUUAUUUUGCCUGAAACUUCAAAUAUAGAUUUUGUAACAAUGGAUUUGGUACAGCUUGGAAAUAAAAGAAGGCAUUUUACGAGAAACGCUUUAAGAAAAAUAAUCAUCCGUAUACUAAUUGGCAAAGAACCAGGUAUAAAUUUAGACGGGACCUGUUGUCUAAUAGGAUUGUUCAUGAGUACGAAGUAUCCAGUAUUCCAUACAACAACUACUAAGACUGGCGAUAGAAGUACUUGUACCUUAACGAAACAAAAUGAUAGUAACACCGUAUACAGAUCCUUCAAUGGCGAAUUUUUUGAAGUGGACCCCGGUAACGUUGAUAUAAGAAAAAAUUACCUUGUAUUGCAGCUUUUGUAA